UAGUAUUCUCUCUCUCCAUCGUCGGCCGCUAGGGGGUGGAUCCGUGGGUUGGCUUCCCCUUUCGUCUAGUCCCACUGAGGUUGGAUCCUUCAGCUGCAAAAUGUCGUCUGACUCGUCACCACCGUUAACUUACUCCAUUACUCUAUCCUGUCAACCCGUCCAGAUCGUCGCUGCCCCCCAUAUCUCCGAUUCCGAUUUCAGGAGUGCUAUCGAUUCUUCUUUGUUUAAGCAGUGGCUGAAGAACACCCAGAGUGAAAAUGGGAUUUUACACGGCGGUUCCAUGUCUCUUACACGAGUUCUAAUUCAGGAGUGGAUAUGUUCGGGAAGCACAUCGGUUUUCUGAAAUUCC